AUGUCUGGGGACAAUAUCACUAAAACAGUUCCAACAGGGCAACAAACCUUCAGGAUGGUGACGUUCACCAAGCGUAAGUUUGGUCUGAUGAAGAAGGCGUACGAGCUGAGCGUGUUGUGUGACUGUGAGAUCGCCCUCAUCAUCUUCAACAGCACCAACAAGCUGUUCCAGUACGCCAGCACCGACAUGGACAAAGUCCUGCUCAAAUACACCGAGUACAACGAGCCGCACGAGAGCCGGACCAACUCAGACAUCGUGGAUACGCUGCGUAAGAAGGGUCUAAACGGCUGCGACAGCCCCGACAUCGAGGCCGACGACUCUGCAGGCCAGAGCCCAGAGUCAGACGACAAAUACCGCAAAAUCAACGAAGACAUCGACAUGAUGAUCAACAGACAGAGGAUCUGUCAGGGUCUGCUUCCCUCCAACUACGACAUGGGCGUCUCCCUCCCCGGUAGCAGCCCCAGUGGCCUGCUGUACUCCCACCCGGGCUUAAACUGUGGCUUAGGGAACCACAACCUGCUGCCCGUCUCACACACACACCCCUCCCUGCAGAGGAACAGCAUGUCCCCUCAACGGCCCUCCAGCGCUGGGAAUGCAGGUCUGAUGGGCUCGGAGCUACCCAGCAACAUCGUCUCCAGUGUGGUUAAUGGCGGCUACAGUAACCACUGCACCUCCCCGCUGCUGUCUCAAGGAGGCAUUUCCAAAAACAUGCACGAUAAGAGUCCUCCUCAAAUGAGCAUGAGCCGUAAACCCGACCUCCGGACCCUGAUGCCCCCCUCCAACAAGUGCAACAACAUGCCCACCAUUAACCAGAGAAUAAAUCACUCUCAGACCGCUCAGUCCCUGUCCUCUCCUGCCGUGUCCAUCGCUGCUCCGACUUUACCUGGACAGGUGAUGGGCGGGUAUCCGUCCACGCUCUCCUCUUCGUACGGCACAGAGUUCUCCCUCAGCAGCGACCUCUCCGCUCUCACCGGGUUCGGAGGUUCUGGUCUUGGAUCGGUAACGAGCUGGCAGCAACAACAGAUCCAAAACCUGCAGCACUCGGCGCUCGGACACAUGGGGAACUUGUGUCAGAACUCGAACCUGAACUUGUCCGUUCAUCCCAACCUCCACAUCAAGUCCGAACCGGCCUCUCCUCCCAGAGACCGGAGCGUCGGCGUGAUCGGCGCGGGACUCCUCGGAGGAGGCGUGACCACGGCCGGAUACUCCACCGCGGGCCGCUCCCCCGGCGACAGCGCAUCCAGCUGCGGGAGCUCGUACGAAGGCAGCGAGGAGCGCGACGAUCACCACGGGAACUUCCUGCUGCAGCCUCUGUCCGCGCAGGACGAGCGACACAGCCCGUCGGUGAAGCGCAUGAGGCUGUCAGAGGGCUGGGCCACAUGAGGGGGCUGCGGAGGGGGAGGGGUGUUAGGAGAGUUACCUUAUAGUGUUAUUAGUAUUAUCAUAUUCUUCUUGUACUGAGUGGGUGUGCUAUAUGUGUAAUGGUAACAUGUACGUGCGGGGGGGCAGAGUCAGCUGUAUCUACAACAUGUACUGUGGCUGACGUGUGCACGGAGCAAACACCGCUCGCACGUUCAUCAAACUGCUCACUCGUUCAUCUAUCAGCAGGAGAGCCAAUCAGAGACGAGGAUUCACGCCACGCCUUUAAAAUACAAACCUCACAUUUGACUUAUGUUAUAAGAUAAAAGGUUAUUUCUGUGCAGCUGUUGCUUUACAAAGUAGGAAAUAUUGAUAAUAACAAUAUGGUGCAAAUACAAAAUAAUGGGGGGGGGGGGGGGGGCUGCAACACCAAGUCUGUUAUUCUGCAAGCACGUCAUUUAAAAAAAGAAAAUAAAAAUCUUAAUAUAUGUAAGAAUCAGUAAAUAAUAAGACACUCGCUGAAACAAUAAGGAGAGAAAGUUGUUCACUAAUAGAACCGUCACAGUGUCGUGCACCUGUCAUAUUCUGAGCAGUUUGAUGAACGUGUGCAGGAUGUGAGACGACACGUGCUGUUUGUCGUGUACAUGUAUUGCUUGUUUGGUGUGUGUGUUCGGGGGUGGGGGGGUAUAAUAAGUAAAUAACAUAUGUUUCAUGCACACUCACGUGCACAUGUAUGCAAACUAACAAAACAAAGUGAAGAAGUCUGGUACUCUGAACGGUUUCAUAACAUGCAUGAGCCGGCGAGGUGAAGCGCUCCGUCACGCCGUGUUGCAGGUUCAACAUAUUUGCGCACAUUUAAACAUUAUAGCACAUUUAAAAAUAUGAACGUAUGGAGGGUAAAGUGUGGCAAAUAAGAGGUGUAGAGAGAGAGAGGGAGAGAGAGAGAGAGAGGAAGGAGAGGGAGGGAGAGAGAGAGAGAGAGAGAGAGAGGGAGAGGGAGAGGGAGAGGGAGAGGGAGAGGGAGAGAGAGAGAGGGAGAAGAUGGAGAAGCUGGAGCUCUGGUGAGAUGAGAGAAGCGGUGACCCGGGAGGUGUCGGUGAGAAGGUUAUUUGCAACAGGUUGCAUAGAAAAGAAGUUUCACUUGAUGUGAAAACGCUUCUCAGAGUUAGUGAAUCACUUUCAGAGCGCGGUUAGCAAACACGGGAUGUUCAGCGAAUUGCAAUCCAGAUGCACAAAAGUGUGGAAGUAGAGAAAUGCUGCAAGGACUUCCAUCUUCUAAGAUGCUGAAUAACUAAAGUACCACGACUGAAUACUUAAAUACAACAAUUCAUUAUACGUUAUGAGGGGAAACAAAGAAAAAGAAAUGAAAGCAAAUACAGGACGCAUUCAAUGUCUGUAAGAUUCUUAUUUUUUAUUUAUGUAGAGGUUAUGAACCAAACUCCUGCAUUGUAGCAUUGAAAUAUUUUACUUUGAAAUCCAUCAAGUUUAUGUGACUUUAAAUAAUUAUUCUAUUCAAGUGUUCAAAAAUUCAGAUGCUAAAAAUGACAAACAUCUCAUUUACAAAACUUAAAAUGUUCAGAGAGAAGGUUUUAAAAUAAGGAUAUUCUGAUGCAGGUGAUGUAUUCAAGUCUUCAGUCUUGUGGUUACAUUUCACAAAUAGUUGAAUGAAAAUAAAUCUAAUUUUUAUGGCUUUUAUUUACUUCCAUACAAACACAACCUGGUUAUAAAACGAUUUUAUGAAUCAAACGACAGACUGAACUCACAUCCGAACUUGAGUGAUAACGAAACUUCACUCAUGGCCUUGUUAUAUACACAGAGAGCACUAGCCGCUAGCUGUUAGCCGCUAGAUGUUGGCUGUUAGCCGCUAACUGUCAGCUGUUAGCCGCUAGCUGUCAGCAGCUAGACGUUGGCUGUUAGCCGCUAGCUGUCAGCUGUUAGCAGCUAGCUGUCAGCAGCAAGACGUUGGCUGUUAGCCGCUAGCUGUCAGCUGUUAGCCGCUAGCCUGUUAGCCGCUAGACGUUAGCUGUUAGCCGCUAGCUGUCAGCUGUUAGCUGUUAGCUUAGCAGUCAGAGUGAGGAUUGCGCUCCUAAAAGCCAUAUCCAACAGGACAGUGAUGCUUUGCUGCACAAAGUUUAUAUAGUGUUAUGUUUUGAAUUCUUUAUUAUAUCAAAUUGAUAUUGUUGGAUGUCUGCAGCUCUAUUUAAUAAGAUAACAGUAAUAUAAGAAGCAGAUGGGUGCACUUCUAGUAAACAUUCAGGGAGAUUUUAAGUCAGCUGGAAGUUAAAAACAAAACAAUAAUUCACCUUUAAGUUUAGCUGGUGUCAGCAAUAUUUGGACAAAUUACUUUGUGGUGAUUAUUACAAUAUGCAGUUAUUACAGUGGUGGAAGAAGUCAUUCCAAGGCCUUCAUUCACAAUUCAGAGCUGGUUUUAAUCUAUAUUUUGUAUUUAGAAGCUUUUUUUUAUAAAGUAAAAUCUUAACUUGAGAUGUAACUGAAGCUGUCAGAUAAAUGUAGAGCAGUACAAGUACAAUAUGUCCCUAUAAGAAGAAAGUAACAUCACACGGAAAUACUCAAGUGAAGUACAAGUACCUUAAAAUUGUACUUAAGUACAAGGCUUGAGUAAAUGAACUUCGCCCCACAGUAUCUUUGUACGAUAACUCUACAAGGACUUUGUGGACAUUUUGAAUAAUUUGUGCCUUGUACCUAAAACUCUCUGACACCCCUCCACAAUAAGAGUCUGACAGCUGCUGACGCACCUCCACAAUAAGAGUCUGACAGCUGCUGACGCACCUCCACAAUAAGAGUCUGACAGCUGCUGACGCACCUCCACAAUAAGAGUCUGACAGCUGCUGACGCACCUCCACAAUAAGAGUCUGACAGCUGCUGACGCACCUCCACAAUAAGAGUCUGACAGCUGCUGACGCACCUCCACAGUGCGCGUCCUUUAAAGAGACAGGCACGUGGCUGAGGGUUGUUCACAUUUGAAUAUUUUGCUUUAAAUCUGUAUAUUUGGAGCUUGAACCCUCAGCAGUCUGUCUGUGCCCCAUCUGCUGUCAAUCCAGCGAGUAAAUGAACUAUUACAAUAAGAUAGUAGCUGCUCUAGUUAAAGAAGCCUGCAGGUUAGUUCCACACUCCACGAUGAUCCACGAUGAUCCACGAUGAUGUCUGUUGAACCAGGGCAGAGCCCGGAUAUGUUUUCUUCUGCACUCCUUUCUUUAAUGAUGCCCGUGUUGUCUCCGGUUGGUCGGCUUCCAGCGGCUCCACACACCGGAGGACAGCAGAGCCAGGAGCUCGUCCUCCGGCUGCAGGUGGGGUCCACUGUGGGGGGGUGGAGUGCAAACUAACCAAAGUGUUUGUGUUUUUGGUUUGAUUAUUAUUUCAUUAGUAACUGCCUGGACUUGUACCUCAACAUGCCCCGAUGAAAUUACUGUAUUUGUAUUUGACAUCCGUGAAUGUGCAGUGUACUGUGGACGUGCACGCGGGCUGUAUCUCCCCCUCUUCUCACGUGCUUCUAAUAACCACCAGGUAAAUGUUCGACAGAUUGUUAGCGGCAUAAGCUGGCCUUUGUCGCCACUUGGAGACAAUGUCUGUCAGAAGAAAACUAAGGUGCACAGUCAGAGAUCAUGUACAGCAACUCCCUCACUCAGAGAUGUGCUAGAGUUUGUAUUUUGCAGAAAACAUUUACAGAAUAAAGCAGGCUCUGUUAC